GGUCUAAUUCACAUCCACGACAUUACUUGAGCCUCGGCCGAGUUGCAGUUUUCCGGGUCUAAUUUCAUGGUUAUAGUCGAAUGCCUAACGUUCUUCUCACUCUAUCGCGCACGUCCCGGAUCUCCUGCGCUCACCAGCUCCGCCUACGUCGUAAUAUCCCUCCUUUCGUUCGUAUCCCUCCCGGACCGCCUUGCGAUUGUUGGAUAACCGUUGGCGACUAAGACCCGCGACAAUUGAGUUGGAACCCUUCGCCAUGGCGCCUCACAAGGGCCAGGCUAAACCUGGGAAAGCCUCUUCCGGCCAUGUGAAGAAACCGUCCACCGCCGUCACCCAAGGCCGCACCAUUGUGCAACCGGCCAUUCCUCUUCCCAUGAUUCCUAAGCAGCAUACCAAGUCAGCUAAACAACGUACCUCGACUCCCUCCUCGACCAACGGUUUCCCGGCUUCGUCACUAGAGGCAGCACUUGCUGGUCAUGGCGACAACACCACAGUUCCCGUCUCUGCCUCAGUUCCUGUUCCAGGUGGUGCAAAGGCUCUUCAACAACCGGCCAAGGCUUCUGGCGGCUCAAAUGUGGAGAAGCCCGAAAAUGCCACCGACACUACCAACGGUACACCUAAUGGGCGUAACUAUCAGAACUUCUACGCUACCGCUCCCGUUGCUGCUCCCGUGAAUGGUGCAAACGGGACGAACGGUGAUAUUCAAGAGACAUCUAUUCCUUCCGCAGCGCAUGCUGUACCCAUUCUUGGAUCUGGACCUGGACCUGGACCUGGAUCUAGAACUGGAUCUGGUUCUGGUUCGAGUUCCGUUUCUGUCUCCGCGUCCGUCUCUGCUCUGGCGAAUGACACCAGUGAAGGUGCGCGCGAUGCGGUUCAGCAUAUCUUCCAACCCCAACCACAGCCAAAUCCCUCCUCGCCCACUCUCCUAUCGAACCAACAGCAACCGCCUUUCCGUCACCACCAUCUACCGACCCACCCUCUACAGCAUCAGGUUUCGACCGAUGAGAUACCAGAUCCUGCAAGUGUUCGCAGCCCGCCCCGCCUGAACCAUCAUCAACAUCAGCACCAAGCUCAGCAUCGGUCCCAUGUGAGCAACGGUGGCGGCGUCGUUUUCGGCGGCUUUGCCGGUUCGCAUACACCUUCGCCGGUGCCUCCCCCUAGCGGUUUCGUGCCACCUCCGCAUCCACCUCCAACUAUGCCCGUAAACGGCGAGAAUGGUAUACACCCACGGCCUAACGGCCAUCACCACGCGCACUCCGGCAGUGGCUUCCCCGGUCCCAUCAACACACGAUUUCGUCCUGACGCUAUGCCGUUAUCCACUAUUGACACAUACGGACAGGUACCCGCUCCCGUCGCCCACGCCCCGUUUGACCCAUUCUCCCCCGGUGUGGGUCGCUACGGCCUUGAGACGCCUCACAGCUUCCAUGGAUCGCACGCUUCGGGCGAGCUAAACGGUAUCGAGAAUGGGGUUGUACCUCCUUAUCCCCCCAACGGCCUUCCCUAUGCCGGCCAUGGUCAUCACGAGCAUCCUGUCGGACAUCCGCAUCCGGGUCCUCAUUUCCCGCUUUUCAUGCCCCCGGGUCCUUUUGCUCGGUACCCUAACGCGGGUGACGAUGAUCUAAGGGAUAGCAUUGCGUACUUUCAGGACCAGUUUGACAACAAAGAACUCACCGACUGUGUCCUGGAAUUGAUUUCUACUAAACGGCUGCACCACCCGGUCAAGAUUACGGGCCAUAAGCUUGUGUUUGCUCGUAGCCCGGCGUUGAGGCAGCAUAUCAUGGCUGCUCGUGCUACCGAUCUUGGUUCCCAUACCAUCACGGUCGAGUCUGACGACCGAUAUCUGCGUUCUGACGCUUGGUGGAACGCGGUGCGACGAUUGUACCUCUUCCCUCUACUCACGCCCGCUAUGAUAACUGGCAGGUCAUAUGAUUUGCGCUUGGCUGACGACAAAGCCGAUCGUUUCGAGUUCUGUCUGGGCUAUGCUGCUGCCGGUCACCUUCUGCACAUGCAUGAUGUUUUUCUGCGUGGCCUACGGAUGGCGGCCGACUUUCUCAACUGGAACACUGUAGAAGAGGCCCUCGCUUUCGUAUUCGAAGGCGCUAUCCAGCGUCACGAAAAAUACGAUGAUGACCAGGAUGCUGAGCUGGACUACGUGUAUGGUCCGGACGUUGGGUUCCUCCGAGAUACCAUCAGAGAUUUCAUUGUCAACGCGUUCCCGGCGGACUUUGAAUUCGAUCCUUCAGUUUAUGACCCCCCUAAGCUUGCGCGUAUCCCGCCUGCCGCGGGCGUCACGCCUUCGCCUACGAACUCUGCGCCUACCAUCGCUAGAGGCACAAGUAUGCGUAGCCCUACGAAAUCUCAGCGCCUAACUAGUAUUAAGUUCGGCGAUCUCCCGGCCGCUUAUCCGGACGAUGCUACUACCACUCCUCGUGAUCUCGAUAAUUCGUCUCCAGUCCUUUCGCGUGUGUUACUCAACUUGCCCUUCAACGAACUUUGCAGGGUGCUCACCUCGCAGAACGACGGGAUCCCGGGUAUGCAUACGGCUCAGAUUCGGUACCAUGCGAUCGCUGAUGUAAUUGCCGAGAGAGAGGCACGACGAUCUCGCGCAGUCGAAGCGGUUCGUGCCGGAGUAGUCCCCAAUUCCGAAGACAUCCAGCAACGGCUAUCAGCUCAACGCCGCUACGCCAUCGUUGAGCCGUGGGAUGUGUUGAAUUGGGAGGAGGCCGUGAUCCAGCCGAGAGGUGCCGAGCUUCCUCGAAUGAUACGUACGUGGGUUCCGCAGUUCGCCGUCACCUCGGACGUGCCACAGCAUCAGUUAAAACCUCAACAGUACGAGGUCCGAAACUCCAUGGUCUAGAUUAUUGACUGGAGUAUUGCAUGGCGGGCUCAUGAUUGAAUGAUAGGUUUAGUCGGCACGAAGGAAUGAAGUCUCCUACGU